AUGAGGUUCUUGGCGUUAUUCAUUGUGGUGAUGUGUAGCUUCCACUUAGGUAUGUAUGGAUGCAUUAAAACUAAUGACUGCGAAAGAUACUUUGAUCUUUUUUCAUCCAAACCGUCACAUUUUUACCACUUUUACACCGGUUGUGAUAAAGGUCUUCAGUAUGAGCUGAUCUGAGUUGGUGAUGAUUGUUGUACUGAUUUAAAUGGGCUACUGGGUGCUACAUGGGUUCGUACGGAGGAGGAGGGGGGUGCACUACUUGAUGGCAGUUUUCUCAGUAGUUAUGGGCUUAUGGCUCGGGGUCGCUAGGCUACUGCUCCAAGCAUCUCAAUUGUCUAGUUAGACAGAGAACUUUAGUCCAUAUAAGGAAAAAGCCUUAAUUUUAACAACCGUUUCGUCAGAAAAGCCCAAGAACUUCAUACAGGUUGCCCCAAAUACGUGGCGUUGAUAACUCGUAACUUUAGCCAAUUUCUUUCUUAAUUUUUUAAAGACAGUUUUAACUAGCCGCGGGAAAUUUAAAGUUAACUCCGAUUUAGCCCUGUGUAAACAGAAAAACCGUAAAACAAAUGCAUAUCAGUUUGUGUUCUCGUCGUCUUGUUGAUAGUAAAUUAUGUAGUCAUCUCACCUUAAGAAGGAGACUAAGCGUCCGUCUUAGAUAGGUGUGUCCCCGCUCAACAGAGAUCAGAGUCAAAGAAAAUGAGAGAUCAGUUCACAUAAACUGCAGCGCGGACCAAUCAGUCUAGGAGUCUUUCUUCAACGAGGAGUUGCUUUCUUAUAGCUUAUGUCGCACCGUAAUUUAUAGGGAGUUAUUAUAACUCCAAAACUGGAGUAAAAAUUUUAGGUACAGGAUGACCCCUUUUUGGGGGUUACUUUAACUCCUAAUUUAACUCCGAAUUUGUGGUCAUUUUUACUCCUGAAAAAGAGUUUUUUUUUCUCCCAGUCUGGAGUUAAAAUAAUUCCGAAAUGGGGUUAUUUUUACUCCUUACAAGUGUUGUUUUUUACUCUUUUUGGAGUUUAUUUUAACUCUGAAAGUGGAGUACAAAUUUUAGGUACAGGAUAACUCCUUUUUAGGGGUUAUUUUAACUCCUCAAUAUCUGGGGUCACUUUUACUCCUGAAAAAUAGUUCUUUAAACUCCUUUUUGGAGUUCAAAAAACUCCACAAAAAAUAACUCCACUGUAAGGAGUCAAGUUAGCCCCACAAGAGGAGUUAUUAUAACUCCUUGAAAAUUACUGUGCGUACGAAAGGAUGAUGACUGUAAUUUGCUUUGAUCUUUAUCACAGAGUGUUCCACGAAAGAUCUUCCUAGUGUUUACGUCCGGGUGUCAUGGAAAAUGGUAUGGCGAAGGUUCUGCCACUUUGUUCCGUUCUUUGCCGAAAAACUUUCGGAAAAACUUUAUGACGCAAAGACAAACGUGGUCAAAGCCAGCAGAAUUCGCUUCAUAAAUGCUACGGAACUGUGCAAGGGAAAAGGCAACAAUGCUGAGGCGAUUUUGGUUUUCUUCGUCUCGAAAAGUGAAAAUGACCUUGGUACUGGAGAUGUUGACAGAAAUAUCACGAUCCUUGCUUAUAUUAAAAUGCGUGAUUACUGGAAAAACAAAAAGAUGGCUCUUUUGGAUCCAGUUUUUAUCGGACAGGUAACGUCAAAUUUGCUUGCAAUCACACUUUCAGCAGCCCAUACGGUCUCAUCUUUAGAACUGCCUUGUAAGGAAUCGCAAAAAAAAAGAGAAAAGAAAAAAAAUCGUCCUAAGGAAGCACUAUUCGGCUGCAUUCACACUGACUUUGGUUAUUCCACAUAUCAUUUCGACAGGUAAAAAGUGUUGAGAUCUUGGGAAAAGACAAGCCAGACAUCUCAGAGGAUUUUUCAGAAUCAACAAGAAUAGGAAUUGGCAUAACCGUCGCUCUGAUAGUCAUCUUCUUAAUCGCGGCUAUCGCAUUAUGUCUGGUAAGAAUCCCUCUAAUGGACAAAGUUUAGCAAUGUUCACUUAUUUCAGUUAUCGCAAACAAAUUUCUGCGCAAAGAACUGAAUAUUAUUAGACCAACAACAAUUCGCCUGAUGAAAGGGUAUCCGGGUUCUGCAAUCCGGGAAAUUUUUGCUGAAUUAUGGAAUCCGAAAUCUAACGAAUUUUUGCUGUGGCAUCCGGAAUCCUGGACUUUGAAAUCCUGAGUCCCACUAACGACUAGAAUCCGGAAUCCAAAUUCCAUUGAUAAAUCAUCCUAAAUCCAGAUUCCACUGCGUGGAAUCUAGCAUCCAAGAAAAAAUACGUAAAACCGGUGUUUCUUUUCCGAUGUAGCAGAAGACCAGCCUUAACUACAUUGAAGAAAGGCAUAACGAGCCUUAGAGUUUCUUGAGGCUUCAUUAGUUGGGUAGGCAUAUUUUUAGGGUGAGAGAUUGCUCACUAAUAACUAAAGAUGCGAAGGGAAAUUGGAGCGAGUAGAAAGAAGGUGACAUCAGUAAAGAGGAGAAGUCGUUACGUCACGUUGCCAUAGUAGCAAAGUUUCUGGAUGACACUGUCAAACCGAAAACGGCUCUUAAAAGUACAUUCGCACUGUUUCAAAGUUCAUUGAUCUUAUUCAAUUUCAUUUAAUGUGUCAAAUAGUGGCGAAAUUUGUAUAGGUAAUAGCAUGAUUUGUAGUGAUAUUUGGCAUAAAUACCACGAGUGAUAUUUGUUAUACGUAAUUUCACGAGCCGUUAGGCGAGUGAAAUUUGAGACAAUUUUGAAAUAUCACAAGUGGUAAUUAUGCCAAAUAUCACGUACAAAUCAUGCUAUUAUUUGUUUAUACUACUACCCGCAAAAGGUUUGUAAUUUUCACAUGUAGGUAUUUCAAAUUAAGCUGAAAUACCACUGCUCUAAGCCAAUCAAAUUGCAGAAAUUUCUCAUGUAGUAGUAUAAGGGGUUGAAUCCGAAAGGACUGUAUCUAAGUUCAGAAAAAGAAUAAGAACAUUUUGUGUUGUGUUCACGUACUCCAUAAAGUGGGCGCGUGAAAUAAGAACGUUUCAUAUCGCUGUCAUUCAGCGACGCCGGGCUAAGAAAUGUACAAAAUAGCGUGAUGCUCGUGCGAGGUUGUUGUUUUGCCAAAUUAAGCCUAUUGCUUUCUUCGCCGUUCUCGUUGCCGUCGCCGUCGUUGUAGCGCUAGCUUCCUCUUGUUGUGAUCCAAAAAUUUUGCUACCAUGGUAACGUAACGUCACUCUUCUCCCUUGUAGGGUUGGCAUGAGGCGAAAGAAGUUUCAUUCUUAACCUUGUUCUCAGGUUCUAUUAAGAAGAGACACUCCUGGGAGCGAGGUAGCCCCAUUCCUGGCCUCAUGUGACUCGUGCACUCACAUAGCCCCAUUUAACUAACUUCUGUAGCUAUCAUACAAUUGCAUCAAUCUUACUGCGCAAAAUCGACAAUUUCAGAGGCUUAAACUAAAGAGCUCCAAGAGACCUCUCCAAGAUGCUACUACGGCAAUAAGCGUCCCACUUCAUGUUAUCCACUCUGAAUCAUCUACCUCACCCCAAAAAACGGAAGCGCCACCGGUUUAUGAAUUCAGAGGACGCGCACGGGACGAGAGGGACGGGAGAUCAAGCAAUAGUAGUUAUACUGUCCGUACUUCCCAUGGUAAUACUGCAGUCGACGAUGAGUACCAGAGAAGGGAGAAAAGGUAUGACGGUCAUAGUGUCCGUAACCAUAGCAACACAACAUUCGAACAAGAGCAUGGAGUAGGCCAAGAAAGCUUCAACGGUUAUCCUGCUGGCAGUAAUGGUAGCGUGGUUCUCGACUACGAAGAUUUUGUAAGUGAAGUCAUCUUAUUAUCAGCUUUAUUAAACCAGGCUACUGCAUGGUCGUUCGCUUCAGGCACUCUCUCCUCCGCAGAGGACUCUUUGUGUUGUGGGGAGGCUGGGGAGAAAGAAAAAGAGAGGGCGCGGGGCACGAUGGGAAGGGGGAAGAGAGGCUCCCGCCGUUUCCCUCUUCCCAUCGUCCCCCGCGCGCUUUCUAGUUUUUCGAUUAUUGAUAUUUUGAUGGGGAUACCCAGCGGAAGCCUCUGCGGAGGAGAGAGCUUCAGGCAUGCAGUUUCAACAACUACGGGUGAUAGUGCUAAGCUGUUUAAGUGUUGUAUUUUACAACUGCUUUGGAAAUGCAACUCGACUUGGAAUAUGUAGCUCGUACGUUUCUUUGGUCAGAGCACUUAUAGUGUUAGUCAUUUGCGUUCAAUACUAAUAUUGUUUUUAAUACAGUCUUUAAUUUAUUAGCUUGUCUGUGAAAGUUUAAGUGGCAGGGGAGAGGUGGCUUAAAUUGAGGAAGGAGUCGUUAACAGAUUACUCUAUCAUCUAAGCGGGGCUAAAUUGAAGGCGUGGAUGUGAGGGGGCAUUUGACCUAGUCAUACAGAAGAACUAUUCAACUGAAAAAGGCCAAGUGACGGGUGUGAAGAAAAACUGCCGACCAAUCCCUGCUAAAAAAAAAAACAGAGACUGGUUGGUCCAUGGACCGACUGGAGCCAGAGAAAAUUUCACUCCUUGAUUUCCCUUAAGACCAACGGGACUGCAGAUUGUACACUCAGUUUACUCUCAAAGGUUCAGUUAUCUUACGCGCUGGUGAUAGAACAUACUGUAAUAUCAGAUGUGUUCUUUAUUUCUUAUUUCCAGGGAUCACCCAUGCUGUAGAGGAGGAUUUUGAUCAGUUAAGUGACGAUGCCCGCGGGUUUUUUAAAAGUCUAACAAAGCCGAAAUGCCGAACAGCCAUACCGGCAUACCUUAACAGAACAGCUGCCCUUAUGCAUGGUAUGGAAGCAGACAGCCUCAUGGUGGAAAAAGACAUUACUAAUAUAGAUUAA